UAUAUAUAUAUAUUAUAUAUAUAUUUUUCUUAUUUAUUUAUUUAUUUUUGAUCAUCUUUUUUUUUUAAAAAAAUUCAUUAUCAUUUAAUUUUUCAAAAUUUCGUUUAACAAAGUGAUUCUAAUUAAAGAAAGUGUCGUAGUUACGAUAAUGAAAGAUCAGUUGAGAUAUGCGGAUUUUCCAAAAGUCGAUGAUGGAAGAACGUACCAUGUCGGAGUCAAACGUGGUGAAGUCGCUAAUCGAAUCAUAACGGUUGAAGAUCCUUCAAGAGCAUUGGUAAUUGAGAGACUUUUAGAUCGUAAUCCAAAACCAUUUAUUCUUGAUUCAGGAAGAGGUUUUUUAACAAUAACAGGACGUUAUAAAACCAUACCUAUUAGUAUAAUUUCGAUAUUUUACGGAUUUUCUAUGAUGGAUUUUUUUAUAAGAGAAGUUAGACAAGUAGUUGAUGGUCCUUUAGUUAUAAUUCGAUUGGGAUCUUGUGGUUCAAUAUCUCAUCCAAAUAUUGGUGAUGUGAUAGUACCAAGUGGUGCAUUUUCCGUAACGAAAAAUUAUGAUUAUUUUAUUCAUGGGAUUGAUACAAAAGAUGCUUUUCCUAUCGUAGAUUCUCCUUAUAAUAUAUCAAAAAUAACUUAUUGUGAUCGUGAAAUGUGUGAGAUGUUACAAAGAGAAUUCAGUAAAGUCUUGACGACAACUCCAAUAUUCUCUGGUUUAAAUGCUUCUACAGAUAGUUUUUAUUCUUCUCAAGGUCGUCUUGAUGAUAAUUUUCUUGAUGAAAAUCAUGAUGUGAUCAACUCUGUCUUUCAAAAAUAUCCAAAUGCUUUAACAAUGGAUAUGGAAACUUUUAUUUUAUAUCAUUUAUCAAAUAUUAGUAUAACAACUCUUGUAUCCCCCUCUCAAUUACAACAAUCACAAUCAAGUUCCAAUUUAUCUGAUGUAGAUUUAUUAAACGGUAGAAAAUCUUUACAUCAAUCAAGAAGUUCUUUUGAUAUUACAUCAAAACAAAGAUGUUCAAUGGAUGUAUCAAGAAGGAAGAAUAAUACUUUUUCUAUUUCAGCAAAUAAUUCAAAUAUUCAUCGUCCUCAUAGACAUCAUUUAAAUAAUAGUUCAAGAGAUUUAAAUUCAAAUAAUCAAUUACAUCAUCAAUAUAAUGCAAUUAAUAGUAUAAGAUCAACUUCCGCUCUUGUCGUAUUUUGUGAUAGGAAAACAAAUGAAUUCAUUUCUGAUGAUAUGAUAAAUUUAUUAGAUCCUUUAUGUGGUGAAGCUUGUUUAAAUACUUUGAUAAAGAUUGAAAUUAAAGAAUCUCAUAAUGAAGAAGGAAGUGUUUGGAGUAAUAAAUUAAUGGAUAAAUCAAAAAAAGAGAAUAAAAUUGUUAAAAUGAUUAAAAGAAAGUUUUCGGUAUAAAUCGUACCUUUUUAAGAGAUAUUACUUUCUUUUUUCUUUCUUUUUUUUCUGUU